UUUGGCCACGACGUCUGUCGCGACCGCGCCAAAAUACGCGGUAUCGUCGACGCCGAUACAUUCACAGAUCGUCGUUCCCCGCGUAAACAUCCGACCGAUAUUAACAUGUCACAUUUGAAAGUUAUACGCGGGAAUGUUGCGCGGCAACUCUUGAAUUUCGCGCCUAAAAAAAGUGCGAGGAAAACAAAAAUAAACAGAGUGCUCCCACAGAUAACACAGCCAUGCUUUACGGGUAGACACUUUGCAACUCAAACGGCACCAGAUGUGGACCCGAAAUGCUUGAAUUCCCCAUGGGGAGAAAUUCAAGUUGGGAACGAAACUUUGACAGAUUUCCUCUUUGAAGAUUUCGAAGAAUGGGCUGACAAACCGGCAGUGACAUGUGGCGUAUCAGAUCGCGGUUACGAUUAUGGCAUGCUGCGCAUGAUGAUAGAAAGAUGUGCGAAUGCGCUAUUAGGGCCCAUGCGGAUGAACCCUGGCGAACGAAUCGGCCUCAUUCUGCCGAACAUUCCAGAAUUCGCGGCCCUUAUCUACGGCGCUAUGAAGGCUGGCUUAGUCGUCACAUUCGCCAAUCCUUUGUAUACAGCUGAUGAGGUGCAACGACAGUUCGCGGACUGCAAUGUGAAGGCGAUCGCCACUAUAGAGAUGUUCAUGCCGGUGGCCCAGAAAGUGGGAGCAUCGCUGCCAGACUACAAGGGAACCAUUUGGGUUGGCGGCGAAGACGACAGCACUCAAGGUAUCUUCGGUCUCCGGUCUCUGCUGAUGGGUGACCACAAGGCUGACCUUCCGACCGUGAACAGCGAUGACGUCUGCCUGAUUCCCUACUCCAGUGGCACCACGGGUAUGCCCAAGGGAGUCAUGUUGACGCACAAGAACCUAGUUUCCAACAUCAAGCAGGUGCAAGUGCCGAAGAUCAUGAAAUAUAACGGGGAGAAAGGAAAAUGUGAUGUGGUGUUGACUGUACCGCCUUUCUUUCAUAUUUACGGAUUCAACGGAAUUCUAAAUAAUAAUAUGAGGCUGGGAUACCACGUCGUCUCUAUGCCUAGGUUCACAUCGGAAGACUACCUGAAAUGCCUAGUGAAAUACCAGCCAUGCACAUUAUUCGUGGUGCCCUCUCUCCUGGCAUUCCUCGCCACCCACCCGCUGGUGAAGAAGGAACAUCUGCAAUCAGUCACCACGAUCAUGGUAGGGGCCGCCCCUACUACUGACAGCAUGUUAGAAAAGUUCCUGCUGAAAGUUGACAAGACUAAAGAACAGAUUCGGCUAUUGCAAGGCUACGGCAUGACCGAGAGUUCGCCCGUGACUUUAAUGACGCCUUACAUCUACCCCUUUAGCAAAGUGGGGUCAGUGGGACAACUUAUCAGCAGCACGCAAGGAAGAGUGGUGUCUCUUACCAACGGAGAGAUGCUGGGGCCUCAUAAAUCUGGGGAACUGUUGUUGAAAGGACCUCAGAUAAUGAAAGGCUACUGGAAAAACGAGGCGGCAACCAAGGAGACCAUAGACAGCGAAGGUUGGCUGCAUACUGGUGACGUUGCGUUCUAUGACGAAGACCACUACUUCUACAUCGUUGACAGAACGAAGGAGCUCAUCAAAGUCAAGGGAAACCAGGUGUCUCCUACAGAGAUAGAAAGCGUGAUUAUGGAGUUGCCCGAAGUGGCCGAUGUAGCUGUGGUCGGUAUGCCGGACGCUCUCGCCGGAGAAGUGCCCAAAGCAUUCGUUGUGCUCAAACCCAAUCACAAACUGACUGAGAAACAAGUGUACGACCUCGUUGCUCAAAAACUGACCAAGUACAAGCACCUAGAGGGAGGAGUCGCCUUCAUAGACGACAUCCCGAGAAACGCAGCCGGAAAGAUCAUGAGAAACGAACUGAAAGUGUUCGGCAAAUCUAAGAAAUAAAUUAAUUGUUAUGUAGCAAAGUAUUGAAAAGUGUGUCGAGACAUAGUUAGCAUAUUUGUAUGAAUUGAUACUUCUGCCAGCUGGGGUAAAAUAAUUUGAUAAGGAUGCGUCUUUAUGAUUUCUACAACUUGGAAUACUAUGGAUUAUACAGAGACCAAUGGUCCGGUCUACCCUACCCAUCCGUCAUAGGCGUGGUGACUUCUUGCUGUGCAAUAUCUUUUUUAAAUAGUUUAUUUUCUAGAUCAAGUUCAAAGCACAUGGUGAUAAUAGUGUGUAUUGUAAAUACUUUCACGAAAUUGUAAAUAGGUGAAUAGUACAAUGUAGAAAAAGAAUUAUUAAGGUUUAGGAUUUCUAUAUUAGAAAUGUUUUAUUUUUUUAAUAGAUAAUGUUUUUAAAUGU